AUGAUUCUCCCGCCAACCACACCAGAUCCUUUUGCUUCAUCUCCUGCCUUCCGCCUCGACUCUUCCGUUUGUCUAAUUUCAUCGAUAAGGACGAGAAUGGCCUGUUUUCGUUCGAUAGGGUCUUUAACUUCUCUCACUAACUCUCCUCGUGAUGCUUCACGCUCCUCAGGCAUUGUGUUAUCUUCAUGCUCUGUUCUCCCCAUCACGCGCUCCACCUUCACAGGCUCUCCCAUCACCCUCCCGCGAGUCCAUCCACCAACUCAAACAACUCCAAGAAGACCACGAAACCUCCUCCCAAUCACAAUGAUGGUGAAACCAGCUCUCCAAUUCAUCCAAGGGACAGACGAGAUGACGAUCCCUGACGUCAAGCUGACUCGUUCAAGAGACGGAACUAACGGAAUGGCACUCUUCUCCUUCGAUCAGCCAUCGGUUUUUGACUCUAGCGGUGAGGUGGGAGAGAUAACAGGAUUGUACAUGAUCGACGAGGAAGGUGUGAUUCAGUCAACGGACGUCAACGCAAGAUUCGUUAACGGGAAACCUGAAGGUAUUGUAGCUAAGCACGUGAUGCGCACGCCUAAGGAAUGGGACAGGUUCAUGAGGUUUAUGGAACGGUACUCUGACCAGAACGGUUUACAGUUCGUUAAAAAGCAAUGAGGUGGUGUCAUUGUCCUAUGAACAAAAUUUGUAUGUUACACACUUUUAACUCUUGGUUUAUAAUCAUUCAUUAGAGCUUG